CCAGCCUUGAGUACAGGAUGAGCUGCACCUGGGUUGAAUCAGGUGCUCCCAGGCAGCAGUAGGAAGCUGGGGCAAUGAAGCUGUAGGAGAAGGCCUCCUGCACUGGUCCCUGAGGAAGGAACAGUCUCUCAGUUCCUCCAGAUGACCCAGUAAUUACUGGGGGCCCGGUCAUUAGCCUGAGAGCUGGGGAUCCCCUGAACCUGACCUGCCAUGCCGACAACGCCAAACCAGCAGCCUCCAUCAUCUGGAUGCGGAAUGGAGAAGUGAUAAACGGAGCCACCUACUCCAAGACGCUUCUCCGAGAUGGCAAAAGGGAGAGCAUCGUGAGCACCCUUUUUAUUGGCCCCUCCGACAUCGAGAACGGGCAGAACAUCAUCUGCCGGGCCACCAACAAAGCCAUUCCCAGCGGGAAGGAGACGUCCGUCACCAUCGACAUACAGCACCCACCUCUCGUCAACUUGUCCGUAGAGCCGCAGCCAGUGCUUGAGGACAACACAGUGAAGUUUCACUGCUCUGCCAAGGCUAACCCAGCAGCAACCCAGUACAGAUGGGCAAAAAAAGGUCAAGUUAUAAAGGAAGCAUCGGGUGACUCCUAUGAGACCAUUGUGGACCACACCUUCUUCUUUGAGCCAGUAUCCUGUGAGGUGACCAAUGCUUUGGGCAGUACCAACAUCAGCAGGACGGUGGAUGUCUACUUUGGUCCCAGGAUGGCAACAGAACCGCAGUCCCUCCUUGUCGACCUGGGGUCAGAUGCAGUGUUCAGCUGCGCUUGGACUGGGAACCCAUCACUGACCAUCGUCUGGAUGAAGCGGGGCUCAGGCGUGGUCCUGAGCAACGAGAACACUUUAACAUUAAAAAGUGUCCGCCAGGAGGAUGCGGGGAAAUACGUCUGCCGAGCAGUGGUUCCGCGGGUGGGCGCCGGUGAACGGGAGGUGUCUCUGACUGUCAACGGCCCUCCCAUCAUUUCCAGCACUCAGACGCAGCACGCCCUGCAUGGGGAGAAGGGACAGAUCAAGUGUUUCAUCCGCAGCACCCCUCCGCCAGACCGAAUCGCCUGGUCCUGGAAGGAGAACGUGCUGGAGUCUGGGACCUCAGGGCGCUACACGGUGGAGACGGUCAGCACAGAGGAAGGCGUCAUCUCGACGCUGACCAUCAGCAACAUUGUCCGAGCCGAUUUCCAGACCAUUUACAACUGUACCGCCUGGAACAGCUUCGGCUCAGACACUGAGAUCAUCCGGCUGAAAGAACAAGGUACGGAAAUGAAAUCAGGAGCUGGUAUGGAAGCAGAGUCGGUGCCGAUGGCGGUGAUCAUAGGCGUCGCUGUGGGGGCUGGCGUGGCAUUUCUGGUGCUGAUGGCCACCAUCGUAGCCUUCUGCUGUGCACGCUCGCAGAGAAAUCUGAAAGGCGUGGUUUCAGCCAAGAACGAUAUCCGCGUGGAGAUUGUGCACAAGGAGCCCGCCUCAGGCAGGGAGACAGAAGAACACCCGACUAUCAAGCAGCUCCUGAUGGACAGAGGUGAGUUCCAGCAGGAUUCUGUCCUCAAGCAGUUGGAGGUGCUCAAAGAGGAGGAGAAGGAGUUCCAGAACCUGAAGGAUCCCACCAAUGGCUAUUACAGCGUGAACACCUUCAAGGACCACCACUCCACCCCCACCAUCUCCCUCUCGGGCUGCCAGCCGGACCUGAGGCCCGCCAACAAGCAGCGGGUGCCCACGGGCAUGUCCUUCACCAACAUCUACACCACCCUGAGCGGGCAGAACCGGCUCUACGACUACAGCCAGCGCUUCGUGCUGGGCAUGGGCAGCAGCUCCAUCGAGCUGUGCGAGCGGGAGUUCCAGCGGGGCUCCAUGAGCGACAGCAGCUCCUUCCUCGACACGCAGUGCGACAGCAGCGUCAGCAGCAGCGGCAAGCAGGAUGGCUACGUCCAGUUCGACAAGGCCAGCAAGGCCUCGGCCUCCUCCUCCCACCACUCACAGUCCUCGUCCCAGAACUCAGACCCCAGCCGGCCCCUGCAGAGGAGAAUGCAGACGCACGUGUGAGCGGCUGGGACGUGGCCAGCAGCGGGGGGUGGGCGGGGACAGAUGGCCAGGGGCCGAGGCUUUGGAUACUGGGGAGCCCCCAGCAGCUGGGAGCUGCAGAAGUGAUCUUGGCCCAAGCUUUAUUCUAGUUCUCAUGAGUUUAUUUUCCAAAGCACUUUUGUCCACAGUAAAACGACACCCCCUGGCUCCUGUGGGGUGCCUGGGGGAGGGAGGGGUGUCUUGGGCCGCUCUUCCCCCCUGCCCCUCCAACCUCCGAAGACUUGCAGUCUCCUUCCUAGCCCCAUGGGGCAAUGUCUAACCUGGGACCACUGCGGGGCGGGGAGACUACAGCAGCCAAGACCAAACCGAUUCAAGCACAAACCACGAGGAAGGCUGGACCUGGAGACUGGCACUGUGGGGAGGGGAAGGGGCGCGCCUUGCCGUGACCUUGGCACCCAGCGCCCCCAGUCCCCCACCAGGAACCGGAAGCCUCUUCCAGGGCGUUUUCCUCGGUGCCCCCUUCGGGGAGAGAGACGCCUUCCAGGCAUGCCCUGAAGAGUGCCAGGAGCCCUGCGGCACUCAGUGCACCCCUCUAGAGUUUUGUUUGGGCCAAGAACCACCCUGUGCCCACGGCCCCUCCUCACAUGAGCCUUCCAGCCUUUCAGCACUUACUUCACUUAACGAGAACUGUCCGCGUCGGUCAGGCACAGGGGCAGCUUCCCACUGGCCCAGGGGCUAGCAGCACGGUGGCCUCCCCACACACGCUGACAGGGCCACACUGCUACAGCCCGUUGGUUCCCCCCGCAACACCUCGCCUUUCCUCUCCUCUGCAAGCCCUCCCACGGGGGCUGCUUUCCCUCUGGGAAGCCGACGAGGGAGUCGGCUCAGAGGUCUUCCCCCAGCGCCCUUCCUCUGACUUCCGUUGCAUUGCCGCAGAACGAUGCUCCAGGGAGCUUGCAUCUCAGACCCAUCGCCACUCGCGACCCCAUGACUCUGAGCCGUGUUUUCUGACCACGAGAGGGCGUGGCUUCAUUUAAGACAGCGCAACAGAAACAUAACAGGCGGUGGUGUAACAUAGGCGCACUGACGCUGCUAAAUCUGGUUCUCUUAUGUCAUUUGGUGUUCAGUGUCCAUCAUAUUACAGUGUGUCUGGGGAUUGACACAGCGCGAGGGGGCCCGUCCUGCUGCUCCACAGCAGUUGUCAUGCACCAGGGACUCUGCCGUGAGCCAGGAACUAUUGUUGGACACAGCGCGGUGGAGGACUGUCUCUAUCUGAGUUAGGUAUGACAGUCACAGAGGACCCUCCCAAAGCCGGGGCGCACGCCAACAGAGAGCAAUCUCUUACUGCUGCUUGUGUAUAACCCCAAUAGCACAACUGGAAGAUUAAUACAAGCGGUGUAACAAGCUCCUCUGCGUCUGGGCCCUUUCAGGUUAUAUCAAAUAAACAUGUCCGUUCCGGGAGGGCACCUACACCCAAUUUCACUCUGCUUCUGUGCUUUCAAAAUGGAGUCUCCUUAGGGCAGGCCUUGCUGAUCCCGGCUGGGCCAGAUUUGAUACGGUCAUUGCCAGCGUGACAAUCUCAUGCCAAUAGGCCUGAGUGUGAGGUUGAUUUAGCUGUGGGCAUCUGGCCCGGCCCGUUCUCAUUUAACUUUCAUAUUACAGGGCUUUGGCCCCAGUGUGCAGGGCGCUGUAUGAACACAGAGGCUCCGAGCCAGAAUUUGGGGGAGGUGGGGGAAUUCAGGCCCACCCUAGGUCUGGACUCACAUUAACACAUCAGAGGCCAUGGGGCACUUCAGAAGGGUCAGAGGUUUAUUGCUAUGGUGGUAACGGAGCAGAACUUAAUCCAUUUAUACUAUUGAGCCAUAUUUAUUAUGGUAGGAUCUAGAGCCUCCCGUUGGACAGGGCACUGCCCAAACAGAAUAAGAGACCAGACCAGCCCCUAAAAUCUUGCAAUCUAGAUUAAAAAUUAAUUCUAGAUGAAAAAUCCUCCCUGGUUGUCAGUAAAACAGCUCUGUUUACUAAAACUGAGGCAGCCUGUGGAAAAAAAAUCCACUUUGGUCUUUUCACCCUUUGUUUGCGUUUGGUCCCUAUACUUCAUCACUCAAGUCAAACUGAACAGGCUAAGGGUAAAUUUUUCAAAAGCUCCUAAGUCACUU